AUGGCCUCUACACUCCGUCAAAGCCCCUGGCGGGCCUACCAAUGCCUCAGCCGGCAACAAAUACGCACGACACGCCUGUCCUCCCGCCAUUUCUCCACUACCACACUCCGCUCCAAUGCAACCAACAACCCUCUCCGCUCCCGAGGAUCCGCCGCCGCGGAUCUCCAGCAUGCCUCUCAAGCCCAGCGGAAGAUGAUCCUGUCCGGAGCCGGCAUCAUCACCUGCGCAGCAGGUCUCUACGGCGUCAUCAAGCUCGACGUCUUCGGACUCAACGAAAUCGAAACCAAAGAUGACAAGGCCACCCCCACACCCCCAAAGAGCGGCGCAUUGCGCAUGGACGGACCAGUCGGCUUCACAAACGGCGGCCCAUCCGUAAUAACAAUCCAAGGCCAAGACGGACUCGAGCAAGUGCCAACAGGAACAAGCACAAUCCCUCACUUCCCCAGCACAAUCCGCCUCCCCACCUCCGAGGCAACAGAAGGCAAGCAAUCCGGCGACGAGCUCGCCCCAUCCAGAGGCGAAGAAUACCAACUCCUCGGCCUGGGCGUCCGCACCGUCUCCUUCCUCUCAAUCGAAGUCUACGUGGUCGGCCUGUACGUCGCGAAAUCCGACAUCACCGACCUCCAGCAGCGCCUCCUCCGCACAGCAGUCCACCCGCCCUCCUCCGAAGCCGAUGCUGCCAUCUCCGGUGCUGGCGCUGAUGCCGCAACCUCCCUCGUUUCCCUCGAACGCCAGCAGCUCAAGGAGCUCCUCCUCGAUGCCGAGCGCGGUGACGCCGCCUGGUCUGCUAUCCUGAAGGAUAACGGAAUCCGCACUGCAUUCCGCAUCGUGCCCACCCGUAACACCGAUUUCAUGCAUCUGCGCGACGGAUGGGUGCGCGGUAUCACUGCGCGCGCACAGGCAAAGAAGUCUGCCGCUGGCGAUGGCGAGUUCCAGGAUGAGAGCUUUGGAACCUCGAUGAAUGAUUUCAAGGCAGUGUUCGGGUCCGGCAAGGGCAAGGCUGUGCCGAAGGGACAGACACUUGUUUUGAUGCGGGACGCGCAGGGCGCUUUGGAUGCGCUUUUCCAACCCGGCGCUGAUAAGCCCGUGAAGUGGAUGGGACGUGUUGCGGAUGAGCGGAUCAGUCGUCUUGUUUGGUUGAAUUAUCUUGCUGGCAAGACUGUUUCGAGUGAGGGAGCUCGCAAGAGCGUUGUUGAUGGAUUGAUGUCGAUUGUCGAGAGGCCGCUCGGAACAGUUGUGCAGAAGGUUAUCUAA